AUGUUUGCCAAUUGUCAUAUGGAUAUCGAUCGAGCUAUGUAUGAUAUAACAAGUUAUGAUAAUGCAUUGAAACAUUAUGAAGCGAGCUUGACCAUUCGCAAAAAUGAAUUAGGUGAAUGCCAUUCAGAAGUUGGAAUAAGUUACAGCUGCAUUGGAGCAGCACUUUGUCGACAAGGAGAAAUGCAUCGAAGUUUAGAAAACCUUCAUCGAACAAUAAAAAUUCAAGAACAAACACUUCCAUCAAAUAAUCUUGAACUCGCCGAAACCUACAAUAGUCUAGGUUUGGCUUAUUUUACGUUAAAUAACCUCCAACAAGUGGCCAACUAUUUUCAGAAAUCACUCAAUAUUCAUUUACAAAUUCUACCUGAAGAUCAUCCAGCUAUUAGAUUCGCUUACAAUAAUUUGAGUCGUGUCCUUGAGAACGAUCAACGCUAUGAGCAAGUACUACUAGUGCACGUGAAAAGGCGUUGA